AUGGCAAAGGCAGAAGGAUCAGGAACCACUGUUGAGGAUGUGAAGCUACAUAUAGCAGCACUACAAGGAAACUGUAGUGUAGUUUCCAACUUUAUUGGAAAUAACAUAAAUAGAGCGAUUACAGAUAAACAAGAAACCAUUCUUCAUAUUGCUACUCUGGCAAGACAAGACAAGUUCGUGGAAAAGUUGGUGAGUAGGCUGAAAAGAGAGGACUUAGAACUAGUCAAUGUUAUGGGGAGCAACCCCUUGUGCUAUGCUGCCAUUUCUGGAAGUGUGAAGAUUGCCAAGCACAUGGUGCAAGCAGGGAGUCAUAGGCUAGUAAAUCCAGAAAGUGGGGUUAAACCUCUCUUGGUGGCUGCUUCUGUAGAGCAUGGUGAAAUGGUAAGGUAUCUGUUUGAUAAAACUGAUCUUCAAAAGUGGAACAAAGUCGAACAGGCUGAGUUAUUCACUGCUUGCAUUUAUAUGGGCUUAUAUGUAAAAGGUUUCCAGGUACCAUGCAAACGAACCUCAAAUCAAUCUCAAGCCCUUGAACUUCUGGGAAAGCUUUUUAGCUGUGCUUUAAGUUCUGACGAGGAGAAUCCAUUAAUAAGAACAGAAGAAGUUGAAAAUCUGCUAUAUGAAGCUGCAGAAGUGGGAAAUGUUGAUUUCUUGAUCAAGCUAAUUCAACACAACCCUCAACUAGUAUGGGCGAAUGAAAUGACAGGUAGCAUAUUUCACAUUGCGGUUAAGAAUCGACAUGAGAAUAUCUUCAGUUUACUGUUUCAAUUAGGAGCAAUUAAAGAUAUUAUAGCAAAGAUUGUUACAAGUGGGGAAAACAAUUUGCUACAUAUAGCUGCCAAAUUAGCACCUCAAGAUAAACUCAAUACCGUACGUCCAACAGCCCUUAAAAUGCAAAGGGAACUUUUAUGGUUCAAGGAGGUAGAAAAGAUUGUACCAAAUUCAUACAGAGAAAUGAAGAACUCUGAUGGAUUUACACCACGAGCUUUGUUUGUAGAUUCCCACAAAUAUUUAAGAGAAGAAGGAGAGAGGUGGAUGAAGGAAACAGCUAGGGCAUCCAUGUUUGUCACUGCACUUGUUGCCAUUAUAUUGUUUAUUGCGUCCUUCAGCAUCCCAGGUGGAUUCGACAACUCUUCAGGAAAACCUGUUCUUCUUAAACAGAAUCUCUUUACAGUAUUUUCAAUAUCAGAUGCAGUUGGCUUAGUCUCCUCUUCAGUUUCCAUGUUAAUGUUCUUAUCCAUCCUAACCUCUCCGUACGUAGAAGAAGAUUUUCUUGUGUCCCUACCUUUCAAGUUGAUGAUUGGAUUGACUUCACUUUUCAUCUCAAUCACUGCUGUGAUGGUAGCUUUUUCUGCGACUCUUAAUUUGUACCAUCACGGAAUAGCUUUCGUAUCUGUCAUUUUAGUAUUCGUGCCUAUUUUAUAUUUUUCACUAAUAUAUUCUUUAUUAGUCGAACUAUUCCAGUCCCUAUGCGGUUCUAGAUUCCUGUUUAAACCACGUAAUCGUCUAUUUAAUUAACCAGAAUUAUCUAAGUUUUAUUUAUAUCAUCUCUUCCGCCUUUUAUCUUUGUACAACA